UGUUAGGGAGGGGAUAGCUGCUUUACGUGCACUAGUCACUUUCGCUUUUUUUUCGCUCUGAAAAGUGGCGUCUUAAAACGUAGAAUGUUAUCUGUUCUUUAAGUGAUAUGUUGAGAUAAAUCAAUCGCGUAUUCAGGCAAUGCAAAAUAGGAAUCAGCGUACGACCCUUUCCGAAAUUUCUGCUGUUUGGGUGGCGUUUGUACCUCCUAGGAGAAAUGAACGGCCAAUAUACGUAAAUAUAACUUUCAUAAUAAAAAGCUAUAUUGCAUAUAGCGACUUAAUAACACAACUACUUUCCAGUUUCAAACACUAGUAUAGUGAUGGCAGCUGAUGAGAGAGCGGCUCGUAGAGAAGCGAGAAGGCGAAGAAUUUUAGAAAAUUCGGAGAACAGGUUGCAGAGAAUAACAGGAAGAUAUGAGAGCGGGUCAGAUGCAAAAGCGGAGUAUUCAACAACAGGUGAAGAAGCAACGACGUGGAAGAGUAGCAUUCAAAAGGAUGCGAUAAAUGGGCUUAUUAGGCCUGUAAAAAUCCAGCAGAAAACUGAAGAACACUACGAGAGUGCUGGAAGUAAAUAUGCAGACGAAAUACUAAGAAGAGUGCAAAAUUGCAACAUCCCGUACAGCAGAUUAGACAGUCCAAUAGAUGAAACUUCUAAUGAGGCGACAACAGGAGUUAAAGCAGUGGAGCAGCGAACCUACAGGUCACGGUUUUUUGUGUGGAAUCUGCAUUUUGUUUGUUCGGCAGUAAUCACAAGAACAUUAUUUGCCUUUGGACUAGGGUACUUAUUUAGUGAGCUUGUGUUUUUACCAUUACUGCUUCUGCUGCUGAGCGAAAUACUGCUGACCAAAACAGUUAAUAGCUCAAGCACUUACGGCAUUUUGGGAGGAGCUCUGAUAUUGAUAGGACUACCUUCACAUUUAGUGACGACUUGUGCCUAUUGUGUGUCUGUAGCUUCCCAUCUGAUUGGUGUUUUUGCCAUCUACCUGGUUUCAUUUACACUCACUGACUGUGUUAUCAACUCAGUGACUUCUGCAGACAGUGGGUAGCAGACAGGUGUAAUCAACAACUUUUGACACAGACUGUGCUGGUAAAAUUACUUGCUAUUGCUAUGUGCUGUUAAUUUGUUUGAGAAAUUCAAUAUAUUUACUGGAGUGCUAUUAUCAUGAA